AUGAAAUUUACAAUAAUAUCAAGAUUUAGCUCGACUCCUCGAUCAAAACUACUUCGGUUUGUAAUUGUAGUAUCAAUUUUUACAAUUUUAUGGAAUAUAGUUGAAGGAGCGAUUUCAGUAGUAUUUGGAUUGGAGGAUAAAUUGAUUAGUUUGUUAUUUUUUGGAAUAGAUUCAUUUAUUGAAGUUGCAUCAGCAUUUCUAGUAUUAUGGAGGUUAUUAAAUGAAUUAAGGUCAGAUAAAGAAAAUAUGACUUUAGAGAAAUUAAUUGAUAUUGAGAGAAAGGCCACAAUUGGUAUAGGAAUAUUAUUUUGUAUGCUUGCAAUUGGAACGUUUUCCAAUUCAAUAAUUUCAUUAGUGCAAAGGAAAGUUCCUGAGACAUCAUUAGUAGGAUUAAUUAUUUCAUGUAUAUCAAUAUCAUUUAUGGGUUUUCUCUGGAUAUUCAAAUAUUAUCUUGGCAAAUUACUUAAUUCAUCUACAAUAGCAUCAGAUGCUAAAUGUUCAUUAGGAUGUAUUGUAAUAUCAUUGGUUUUAUUUUUAGGCAGUUUAAUUUAUUUAGUUUGGAAAAAUUUAUGGUGGAUAGAUCCUAGUGUAGCAUUGAUUUUAACAGUAUUGUUUGCAAAAGAAGGGAUAGAAAUGAUUAUUUGGGCAAAAAGUAAAGAUUUUAAUGGGGGAUGUUGUAAAAAUGAUUUAAUUAAAAACAAUUGCAACAAUAAAGACGGAGACAAAAAUGGUGGAUGUUGCGAUAAUGAGAAAGGAUGUAGGAUUACAAUAGAAAUUUCUAAUAAUAGUGAAGAUAAAUCUGGGGUCUCCAGAGAAUCUAUUGACUAUGAUAAUGACACAUCAGAUAUUCUAGAGAAACCAAGCAUUAGAUCUCAUGGAUCUGGACAUGAAUGGACAACUUUACAUAGAGUUAUAUCCUUGAUAUUAAUGAAUCUGGAAAAUUGA